AUUAAAAACAAUUUUGAAUGAUAAACCGUAAUGUUUUUUAGAGGAGCAUAUGGCACUGUAGUUUUAGGCCAAUGGAAAGGGGAGAAAUGUGCUGUCAAGGUUAUGGAAAAGGAGCAAGGAGUAGGAGUAAGUGCUAGACGAAGGAAAUCUCUGGAAAGUGAACUCCAGGCUUUGAAGUUAGAACAUGAAAAUAUAGUCAAGGUUCAUGGAGUAUUUGCAGCAGAAGAAAGGUAUUCCGUGAUAAUAAUGGAGUAUGUUGGGAGUAGAAAUUUACAUAGAUUGCUCAUUGAGACUCCAGAUAAAGUCUUAGGUAGAAGUUGGUUAUUGGGUGUUGGAAGGCAGAUCAGCUCAGCUUUAAACCAUUGUCACUCCAGAGGAGUUGUCCAUAUGGAUAUCAAGCCAGCUAAUGUGCUUGUGACAAGUAGUGGAGUAUGUAAGCUUGGAGAUUUUGGCUGCAGCGUAGGUGUGGACUCGGGGGAUGUACCCCUUGAUCACAGUUUGGUUGGUACUCCUGGAUAUCAAGCUCCAGAAUUCUUGAGAGGUGGGCUUCCCCAUCCUCUCUGUGAUGUUUAUUCUUUUGGAAUUCUUCUAUGGCAGUUGGACUCCAGAGAAGUUCCAUUCCAGGGCCAGCACCCUCAGACAAUUAUGUUCCGUUGUGUAUCUGAAGAUGCUAGACCUUCAACACCCACCAGGCACUUCAUUAAUCUACCUGGAUUUAAGAAAAUAUACUUGUCAUGUUGGAGUAGUGAUGUGAACGAUAGACCUACAGCCUGUACAAUACAUUCUAGGUUAGUGUCUCUGUUAAGUUCUCUAUCAGCUCCUACAUCUGCUAGAAGCAUGACAGCUUUAAGGAUCUAAAACAUCAAGAUAAUGUCAUUAUUGUCGUUUUGUUUGAUAAUCUAACCCUGAGUCAUCCUACAAUUUGUUGUCUUCCAAUCCUUCAACAGAAGAAGAACUCGGGAGAAGGAACCUGUGUGGAAUCACAACAAAGAUGUCAACAAACACAUAUUUUUCUAUAAAUGUGCACAAAUGAGAUUGCAUAAAUAUUUUAACUAGUUUAUUGUUGUUUAGUUAGAAGUUGUUUAGUAACACUUCAUUAUGUUAUAAAUAUUUUCCCUUCUCGUCUACAAACAG